AUGGCAGAUGAUCAGCGAAGGCUUCUAGAACAGCUUAUGGGUCGUGAUGCACUUGUUUCGCAUCAAACCAGACGCAAAGAGAUUGAUUUCACGAGUCCUAGAGUAUGUAAGGCUUUUUUGGUUGGCAUUUGUCCCUUUGACCUUUUUGCAGAUACAAAACUUAAUUUGGGAUCUUGUCCCAAUCUACAUAUGGAGAAGCACAAGUUGGAGUAUGAAUACAGAACAAGAAAAAGGGGUGAAAAGUUUCCCAGUUUUGAGUUCGAAUACUUUCAGAUUCUCCAGAAGUACAUCGGAGACAUCGAUGCUACCAUCGCAACAGCUCUUCGAAGACUCGAGCACACCCCAGAGGAAAAGGCAAAAAUUGCAGCGGCCACAAAAGACUUAGAAGAACUAGAUACAAGCGUGGGCUUAAUGGCGCUGGAGAUACGAUACUUGGCACAAGCGUCAGACGUCUCGAAGGCAUUAGAACAGACAUUAGCUCUUGAGAAGACCCUCAAAGAAAGAGAAGUUGCGGCUGAACAAGCUCGUAUCACUGCUGAGAACGUAGGUCAAUCUGCUCAGCAGAAAUUACAGGUAUGUGAGGUUUGUGGGGCGUAUUUAUCUCGUUUAGACAGCGAUAGGCGUUUGGCAGAUCAUUUCAUAGGAAAGAUACACUUGGGUUACGUUCAGAUGCGUGCUGCGUAUGCGGAGCGGAAGAAACGCUACACUCAAUAG